AUAAUUUUCUUCUUUAAUAUCUAUCAAGAUAAUGAAUGAGGUUUUGCCUAGCGCCAGUGCAGAAAAAAGAACUAAACUACUAUUGAUGGUAGAAAGAUUUUUGAACAGUGAUAGCUCUUCAGAACAGCAGAAUGGUGAUAACGAAUAUAAAGGAAAAGUGAUAGCUUUCUUUAAAGAUAUGAAUCUGGAUCUGCAGGAUAAACAACUUCAAUUCGGAUCACAGAUAGAGAAAGCUCUGAGAGGAAUGGCGCUUUCAGAAGACAAGCUUGAAAACCUUAAAGCAGUAGCUGUCGUGUUCUCAAAGCAGAGCAGAACAAUCAGCCAAGAAAUUUUAAAUGAAGCCAAAGAAUUCUUUGCAGGUUAUAAAGACGAGUUGAAAGAUAGUAGGGUUGACUUCCCAGGAAAUUUUCAAAUUAUAGCGAACAGAAAAAAGUGAACAAAUAAUUGCGGCAAGUCAUUUAAAUUGAAAUUGAGUUACCAUGUCCUUAGUUCCAUGAAUAAACAAUUAAAAUUAUGCAUUUAA